AUGUAAUAAGAAGUAAGAAUUGAGCUGAUUUUAGAAAAUAAAAUGAUAGAGCAAAGAAUAUUGUUAAUUUUACAAGAAAUAAUUGAAGGAACUCUUGUAGAUAGCAAUGAUAUUUUAGAAGAUUUGAACCCAUUAAUGUCAUAAUUAAGCGAAACAGACAAGAAUCAAGUUAUUUACGCUUUAAAUAGAUAUUUUAGAGACCAUGAGUUUUUAAGAAAUAGUGGUUAUUGGCUUUAAGGGAACUUUAAUCCCUAAGAGGAAGCAAUUGAUUAUACAAUAGUGUAUAAUACAGACAGAGAAACUAAUAAUUAUGAAUCUAUUUUAGAAAAUAUGAAAGUGGAAGAAUUCAGAAGAUAGAAUUUGAUUCCUGUUGAAUUUGCGGCUAAUUUAUAAUCACUCAUAAACCUUAAAAUUAAGUCUUUAUUAGUUUUUGAUUUACUAGAUUUUUCUGUAAAUAGAAAGGAUUUAACUCAAAUAGAGAUCCUGAAAAUAUUAUUAGAAUUAUUUUAUUGUACCUAAACAUUUGCUGAUAACGAAUCAUAGGCAUUUGAACAAUUAAUAGGAUCACUAUUAUAAAAAUAAAUAUUUGAAAUAGCUUAUUAUAUUUAGAUUAUAAAAAACAAUGAUCCACACAAUUACAAGAAUUUUGUUUAAUUAUUACAAUAAUUACAAUUGAAAAUUAUAAAUGAGAAUAACUAUGAUUUGUAAGCAUUCUUAGAAAAAAAUUAAAGAUACAGAGUCUUGUUCAAUACUUUUAGUAAAGAAAUGAUUCAUAUCAGAUCUUAAUUAUUACAAUUUAUAGGCUCAUUAAUUUAAAUCCCAGUAGAAUAAUGUUAUUUUCUACAAAUUCUAUCAUAUAUUAAUAAUAUAGAAAAUGUAAAUGAUCAACUAAAUGACUUAUAUUUACUAAUUGUUUUUUAUUUUUGGAAGAAAUAUUGUUUUAAAUAUAAUUUAUAUUUAGAUCUUAAAAAUUAAGAAGAUAGUUUAACAAAAAUAAUUGAAAAUGAUAGAAAAUUUAAAUUAAUUGAAAGGUAUCUAACAAGAUAAAAAUCAAAUUUACAAGAUAAAAUAUAUUUAUUUGUUAUUCAUAAAAUUUGCUAUUUUGUAGAAGAAAUAGAAAAUCUACUAUUUUAAGAUACUUAUAGUCAAUUUAUUAAAACAAUGAAUAAUAAUUUAAAAAUUUACAAAGAAAAGAAAUAAUUUCCUAUUAAAAUAUAUAUGUAAGAUAAAUCUAAAUUUUUAGAGUAUUGGAAAAUGAUUAAUUUAUUGAAAUUUUAUUAAUAAGAAAUUUAAUAAUACAAAAAUUAAUUCACUUAACUUAUUACAAAUCUUUUUUGGAUUAAUAAUCAAACUAUUAGUAUGUACAAUAUUUUAAAUAUGAUCACUUCUAACGAGAAUAAAUCAUUUUUAGAAUUGGUAUAGCUAAUCGAGGAUGGAAUGAAAGAAAUAAAUCUAAAAAAAAAAAUUAUUAAUUAUAUGGAUUUUAAUAUCCUUAAAAUUAAUUUUUUAAGAAUCGUCUAUUCUGAAUUUCCUGAAGAAGAAAAUAAUUACUUGUUGUUAAGAAGUUUGAUUGAAAAUUAUGGAAGUCUUUUGAGGGCAUCCAUGACUUUAUAAGCUAGUUAGUUUAUAAAUUAAAAAUUGAACUCAGAAUCUAUCUAAUUUUUUGUCAAAAUUGGGAAAAAAUUCAUUGUCAUACAUAAAAUAUUUCCUCCUUAAACUCUCUCAAAAUUAGCUAAUGAAAUACUAGAUUACAUAACCUCCGAUACCAAAGUAUACAUAUAUGAUUGUCUAUUAAUUUUAGAAUCAAUAUUUGCCAUAAAAUAAGUAAUCCUAUCAGAAGACUUACAACUUAUGAGAAUUCUAACUAAGAAUUUUUGUCCAAAUAUUUUGGGAUAUUUAAUCAUCAUUAAUAAGAACUAAAAUAUUUCACUUACUUAAGUAAAAUGGACAAUUUAUGCCAUAUUUAAUCUAUUCCAAAAACUAGACUAAUUCGAACUAAUAAAAGUGGAAAAAUACAUAAAUAAGGUUUUUAAAGAUUAAUGUUAUAAUUUCCCUUUUGUUUUUAAUUGUUUAAGAAAUUAAAUAAAUUUUUAAAAGAUAAAUAAAACUGUUUAAUUGCAAUAUUCUUUAUGUUUUAAUUAAUCCAAUAAAUUGGUAUAAUUAAGUUAAGAAUUAUUUUAAUUGGAUGAAUAAUUGUAUGAAUAAUGGUUUAAAACAUCAAACCCACCUUAGGUGAUGCUUUCAAUUGAGUAUUUAAAAGUAGCAAAAAGUCAAUCAUAUUAUCCAAAAUAAAUGGAUAUUCCUUUAGAAGAUUUCAAUAUAUCAUUAUCUGAAUAUUGUGAAUAAGAAUAAAAAUAAGUUCUUUCCAAUUGGAUUCAAAAAAUGACAGAUACAUAUAAAUUUAAAUAAAUAAUUCCUUUAUAUUUCAAUAUCAUUAAAAGAGGGGAAUCACCUUAUGAGAUAUUAAUUUAUGCCAAUUAAAUUUUAUAAAAUUAUAAGUAAAUAGCAGAUGGAAUAGGAUGUUUCAAUUUAAAAUCAUUAUUUUAAAUCUUUUUCAAUAAUGCAAAUGACGAAUUAAGAGUAAUUUUAAUGAAAUUCUUUUCAAAAGAAUAUCCAAUUCCAUUCUUAUAUUAAAAUCCUAUUAUGGAUAAUCUGAAGUUUAAAACUGAAAUAUUGCUGUUAAAUAGCAAUUUAUUUUAUUUUAUUGAAUAAGGUUAUACAAUAAUUAAUUUUUCUUUAAGUUAAAAUUAAAAAAAAAUUGGCAAAACAGAACUCAUCAAUUAAAUUUUUUAUGAAAGAGAAAAGUUUGAAACUAGUGACACAUGUUAAAUGAAUUAAAAUACAAUUGAUAUUAUGUUUGAUUUCGAGUUCAACAAUUCAAGAAGUUUUAUUUUAGCUGAUGUUCAUGGAACAAUAAUCUUUGAAAUCUUAAUUAAAAUACUUCCAUUUUUUUAAUUUUGGAUAGUUUAAAUGGAUUCUGAAAAAGAACUUCAAGAAAAUUUAGAUUAAAUUAGUAUAAUCUUACAAAAAAUAGAAUACUAAAUCAUACAAAAACUUGAAAUUUGUUUUAUUGUUAGAAAUACAGAAGAGAGAGAAUUAAUGAAUAACUAACCAAUCAAUUAUGAAAUAGAAAAUAAAAAUAUUAAAAUAUUUUAUCUUCAUAAUUUAACUGCAAACUAAAUAGACAAAUAAUUUAAAAUAAGUUAAAUUUAAGAUGUUUCCAAGUUCUUGUUUAAUUUAAUUUUGGACCAUUAAAAAAGACUUUAUUAAGGCAAUCAAUAUUAAGAAAAUUUGAAAAACUAAUUCCUCCUAGUACUUUAAUAAUUUAACCCAUAAUAUAAUGUCUGUAUUUAAUAAAUAAUCAACCAUUAAAAUCUUAUCAAUUAAAUUUAAGAUAAACUAAAUGGAAUAGUGAAUGAACAGGAUGGAUUUUAUUCGUAAAAUGCAUUUCCUAUAAGACGAAUUUAAUGGAAUAUGAAAAAACUAAGGAAUCAAAAUUAUGAAUUGUGCAUGAAACCUAUUGAGAACAAAAUGGAAAUUGAGAAGAAUAAAAAACAAAUAGAAGAUUAAGAAAUACAAAUAUAAAAAUAGAAUCCAACUGAGUUGCUAAAAAUUUUCUGUGAAAUUUUUAAGUAAAAACAAUAUUAUAUUGUUUAUCUUUAGAUUGUUGAUAAAAUUAGGUAAUUUAAUGAAAAAAAUUUAAUAAAUUUAUAGCAAAAAGAUUAUGAAUUAAAUGAAUAGUUCAAUAAAUUAAAAUAAGAAAAACAUAAGAUAAAAUAGAAAUAUCUCAAUAAUUUACAAAAUUUAUGUGAAGAUCAAUUUAAUAAAACAAUAAAAGAUAAGAUGUCUAAAUUAAAACAAUAAAUGGAUAAUAAUGCACUAAAUAUAUCUAAGAAAAAUGUUGGUAUUGAAUUAUUUUGGAGAGAAUUAAUCAGCUUAAGAAAAUCUAAUAACUAUGAUCUAGAAUUCAAUCCAGUUGAAACACUCUCUGAAUUGAUUAGAAAAGGAGAAUCAUUAGAAUUUUUAGAUGGAGAUACUUUAUCAAUUAACACUUAAUUUUUAUUUGAUUUAGAAAAUAAAAUAACAUAGAAUAAACAAUAAAAAAUAUUAGUAAUAAGUAUAUUAGGUCCUUAAAGUUCAGGUAAAUCAACUAUCUUAAACAAAAUCUUUGGAUGCCACUUUUGGGCUAGUGUUGGAAGAUGUACAAAAGGAAUACAUUUAUAAAUCUUAUAAGUUUAAAAUAAGCAAGUAUUUCAAAAUCGCUUUGAUUAAAUACUUAUUCUUGAUACAGAAGGUUUAUAAAAUCCCAAUUAAAUUGAUUUUGAAUUUGAUAAAAAGAUUGCAUUAUUUGUGCUUUCAAUUAGUGAUAUUAUUAUGAUAAAUGUAAAAGGAGAGAUUAAUUAAUAAUUUAAAAGUUUGGUUGAAAUGUGCAUAUUUACUUUGGGACAUUUAAAAAAUGGGUUUUCUAUGGUUAAACAAUUAAGUUGGUUUUUCAAUUAAAAUGAUAAUUAUAAAAAUGUCUAACCAUUUAAAUAAUAAAUUAAAGACCUUGCAUAAAAUUUAAAUUUAUAUUGGAAUGAAAAUUAUUAUGAUUAAUAAGAGGAGCAUAUUGAUUAUGCAGAUAUUUUAGAUAUAAAAGACAAUAUUUCUGGUUUAGGAUUUGCUUCUGAUUAGAAAGAUUGGGGUAAGAAUGGUUGGAAUCAAUCUGUAAAUAAUCCUUCAUUUUCUAGAGAAGCAUAUAAAUAGGGAAUAAGCAUGAUAAAAUAAUUUAUUUCAAAAAUUUAAGAUUAAAAAGAUCCAUUAAGCAAUUUUAAUCAUUUUCUUUAAAAUGUUCAAAGAAAUUGGGAAAGCAUAGAAAAGUUACCCGAUUUAUUGGAAUUUAGCGAAUUAAUUUAACAUUAAUAAAAUUUAAUAAUGAAUAAAUAUUUUGAUACUAUUUGGAAAACUGAAGACAUAUCUUCAGUAGGUGAAAAUAUAAUUGAAGUUACUAAUUAAAAGAUCAAAAUUGAGAAAUAGAUUGUUUUUGAUUCUUUCAAAUAAAUUCAAAUUGAAUAAGAAAAUGAUAUGUAAUAAACAUUUUCAUAAAGCAAAACCAAAAUAGAAGAAAAAAUGAAUUCAUUCAAAAGUGAAAAUAAGAUUUAAAAAAAAAUCAUAUAAAAAUAUUAGAUGAAACUUGAAAAUUUGAUUAAAAGCUAGGAAUUAGAUUGCAAAAUAAAAAUAUAAACUUUAAUUUAAAAAUAUGAAGGAAAAUAUUAAAAGAAGAAAGGAUAUGUUUAAAUUGAUAAUUUUAUUUAAACUGUCUUAAAUGACGAAAAAUAGAAAAAAAAUUUUGAAGGAAAUGAAAAACUAAUUGAAUAAGAAUUUUAAAAAAAAUGGGAGUAAUAUAUAAAUGAAACUAAUAAAACACUAGAAUAAUAAUAUUUGGUAAUGGUAGAUACAUAAUAUAAAGCUCUUAAAUCAAUUUCAAAUGAAUAUAUUUUAAAAACAAAAAAUGAAUCAGAGUAUUUCUAUUAUUUUAGGGAUGUAUUAAUCAAAUAAAAUCCUUAUGAUAAUUAAAACACAGAAAACGAAAAUAUAUUUUAACUUUUUUAACGAGAAUUACGAGAAAACGAACAAUUCAUAUGUAUUAAUAAUCAUAACAGAUAAAAUUAAUCUUAUCUUGACAUCUUUCAUCAAAAAAUUUAAGAGAAAUUAGAAAAAUCUAAAGAUUAAUUAAUAGAUAUGAAAUCAUUUUACUCUUAAUAGAUUUAGUAUUCAAUUGUUGCAAAAGUUGAUAUUUAAGAAUAUUUAAAUUCUCAAUUUGAAUAAGAUUUUGAUUAAUUUUUAAGAAAAUAUGAAAAUCAUACUAAUAUCGGGACUCACUUUUAUAAUUUUUUAUCUUUUUUAGACUAUUUGCAAAUUUCACAUGAUAAAAAGUCAAAAUAAUAAUUAGAUAAUAUCAUAAAUAAUUAUUCUAAUUAGCAGCAAAUAAAAUAAUUAUUUAUUAAUAAAAGAUAAUAACUAUAUUAAGCCUUUGAGAAAUUGAAAAAAUCACUCUUUUCUGAUUAUAAUGCUAAUUAAGAAAUAGAUUUGUCUGGUAAAACAUUUGGUUAAACUUUCAUGAAUACUUAUUAAGGUUUGAAAAUUAGUUAAAAAAAAGAUCAAUCAUGGAAUAAUACUUAAUCAUUUAAAAAAGAACUUUUAUAACAAAAUAUAAUAAUUAAUACAUAAAACGAUAUUUUUACAAGUGAAAAUUCAUAUUAAGAAUCCUUUAACUUUAUAAAGUCUCCUUAAAGUUCUUUCCCUGCAUUUUUUAGAUCACAUUUUCCAAAAUAAUUUAAUAAAAUUAUGAUUAAUUAAAAAGGCUGGAAUAAACUUUAUAAUGAAUUCUACAAUUUAAUUUAAUAAGAAAUGAGUUGUCAAAUAAGAAAAGUAAAUAAUAAUAAGGAAGAUGAAAAUAUUUAAUCUUUUAAUCCUUAUUUAAUCACAGGCAUUAUGAAAAAGGUUGAAAAUAGCAUUAAGGUAAAAUAUAAUAAUUAUUUUGCUUAAUUCGGUGUUAUUUUAACUGAUGUUGGAGAAAGGUGCAUCUAUUACUAUUCUAUGUUAAUUAUAUGGAGAUUCCUUUGUUAUUAACGUUAGAAUUCCAAAAAUAUAUAAUAAAAGCAUUAGAACAAUUAUUAAAAUGAACUAAAUAGAUGUAUAGCUGAAAUUAAUUAAGAUAAUUAAAAAUAAAGUUGUAUUAAAGCAAGAGAAUUCGUUAAUAAAAUAUAAAAAACUUUAAAAAAAUAAUAUUUGGAUAGAAUAAAGUAAGAAGUAUUAUAAAAAAUUAAUAAAAUGAGUAUGUCAAAUUUUUAACUUGUAGAAAAAUUAGACAAGGAAUUACUUAUUGAUGUGGAUGAAAAAACAUUUGAGGAUUAGUAAUAUUAAUAAAAAAUACAAUUUUAUACAACUGAUCAUAAAUCAUAUAUUAAUAAGUACGUAUAGGAUAUGUUAGCAUAAUUUUAAUUUGAAUUGUUCAAUGAAUAUUCAAAUAAAUAUAAAUAAGAAUUAAGUUAAUACUUAAAGUGUAUAUAAGAUAAUGCAAAAAUUUUAUAUAAAUAUGUAGAGAAUUAGAAAAAGGAUGUAAAGAGUUUUCAAUAUUUUAAUGAAUAAAAUCAUUAAAAAAAAAAUAAAAUAAAUUAUGAAAAAUUAUUGUUUAGAUUGUUUUUGUAAUGUCUUCACGGUAAGAUAGAAGAUAAAAUUGAUAUAAUAGAGGAUUAAUAUAAAGAGAUUUUCUAAGUUAGCAAUUACAAUCCUAUUAAUGGUUAACUUAUACUAAAUUUAGAAUUAUUAAAUUCAUAAGAUCAACAAGUUUAUAAUCUGAAAACUUUUGUUUAAACAUUUAUUGAGAGUAUAGAUAUAAUUUUCAAAAAUAAAGAAUAAAUAUUAUUGAAAUAAGAUGAAUAUGAACUUGAUGUUGAAUUUGGUAAAAUAAAAUUUUAAUUAAAUGGUUGUGAAUAUACAUGUCCAUGUUGUAAUAGAAAAUGUGAUUAAGAUAAUGAUAGUAUUCAUACUCAUUAAUGUUAAAAUGGCCAUUAAAUCAGAGGUAACCGUAUAAUAUAUUUAGGUAUUAAUGGUAUUUUGAUUACUAAAGAUAGUCCAUCAUUAUUCACUUGUUAAGAAAUUUUAGAUGAAUGCACGAUUAUAACACUUGAAACCAAUUUGAAAAGAACCUGGAAAGCUGUCAAAAAAGCACAUUCGAAUUGGAAUUUCAAAAACUUGUUUAAGGAAAGCAACGAUUAAAAUAUAAAUAAAUGGAAAAAUGUUUGGAAUAGAGGCUUGGGGAAAUUAAUUUGUUAACAUUUAGCAAAAUAAUUAAAUCAUUAAAUCAUUUUCUCAUAAAAAUAAGAAAUACAUAUUUAAGUUUCAAAUUUUCAUUAUAUUCUCAUUCUUGAUGAUUCAUAUUCAAUGUUUGGAAAUAAAUGGAGUUAAGCAAAAGAAGGAGCUUUAAAUUGUAUAAAGUCAUUAGAAAACACUGAUAGUGCAAAAGUUAGUGUUAUAAUCUUUAACAACAAUGCAAGAAUAGUUGCAGAAUGUUAAAAACCCAAUUUUUAAGAAAUGAAUAACAAAAUUGUUUAUUCAGGAGGUGGUACCUGUUUUGAACCACCAUUCAAAUUAGCUCUAAAAUUGAUUAAAAAAUAUCAUAACUUUAAUAAGUAAAUAAAUUAAAAAUAUUAGAAUUUAAAUAUUAUUUUAUACUGAUGGAGAAGCAAGUUAUCCAUAAAAUGCAGUUGAUAAAUUAUGUUAGCUACAACAGGAUAUAAGAAGAUUAAUCAGUAUAACAGCCUGUUCAGGAGAAAAAUAUUCUCAAUAAUUAGCACUAUUGAUUGAGAAAUUUUAAUAAUAUAUGUAAUCAGCCGAAUUAAAAAAUUCUGUUGAGCCAAUAGAACUUUAAGAAGUUUGGACAGAAGUAGUAAGCUAAAAUAUUCAUCAUUAACUAGCAUGA